GGUACCCACAUCCUCUCGCUCCAACAUGAAGGCGCUGAGCCCGGUGCGCGGCUGCUGCGAGGCGGUGUGCUGCCUGUCGGAGCGCAGCCUGGCCAUCGCGCGGGGUCGCGGCAAGGGCCCGGCGGCCGAGGAGCCCCUGAGCCUGUUGGACGACAUGAACCACUGCUACUCACGUCUCCGGGAACUGGUACCCGGAGUCCCGCGAGGCACCCAGCUUAGCCAGGUGGAAAUCCUGCAGCGUGUCAUCGACUACAUUCUCGAUCUGCAGGUGGUCCUGUCCGAGCCGGCACCCGGACCCCCUGACGGCCCACAUCUCGCCCUCCAGACAGCCGAGCUCACUCCAGAACUUGUGAUCUCCAACGACAAGAGGAGCUUUUGCCACUGACCCGGCCGUCCUGGCGCCUCCAGAACGCAGGUGCUGGCGCCCGUUCCGCCUGGGACCCGGGACCCUCUCCGGCCGGAAGCGAGGGCAUGGAUGGGCCCCAACCUCGCCCUGCCCACUUGACUCCCCCAAACGCCUGCCUUGAGGCUGGAUCUGGCGCCCGGGAGCGAAGGACUGUGAACUUGGGUGGCCUGAAGAGCCCGAGCGAGCUCUGGGCACCAGCUGGGCAACGUCACUCUGUCCCCACCCCCAAGUUUAAAGACUGUCUUUUCAGAGUAUGGAGGUGUGGGGUGGGGGGGAGUGGCUGCUCUCCAAACUCUGCCAAGGCUGUGGUAGAGCUGGUCUUCUGGUUUCCUUGGAGAGAGGCUCUGUUGCCCUGAUUAUGAACUCUAUAAUAGAGUAUAUAGCUUUUGUACCAGUAUUACAGGAAGGUGGCUUUCUGUAACCAUGCGAUGUAUAUUAAACUUUUUAUAAAAGUUAACAUUUUGUAUAAUAAACUGUUUUUAAACAUUUG